AAAAAAAACAGAAACGAAUACAAAACUGACAUCCAAACAGAAAAGGUCACUCACACGCUGGACUCCACCGCGAGGCGUUUUUUCCCUCUUGGAAUCAAUCAAUCCCCCAAGUGUUCUUCAUCUUUGUAAAAUCAGUGGAGAGUGAGCCACUCCACUUCCAAUUCGAUCCCAGACCCAGUGACAACACGACGUUGUUCCCUUCCUCAGACAAUGCAGAAUCAGGAUGGGGUCCAAGUGGAUGGGGAAGUGGAGUCUGCAACAUCAGUUCCGACCCCUGAGUUUGAUGAGUGGGCAAAUUUUGGGGACCAAGAUAUCAUGCAGCAGCACUCUGCAAUUCGAGCUGAGGAGGCUGAGAAAAUUCCCUUUCUGGGGGACAAGGAACCACUCUCGUCCCUAGCAGCUGAAUAUCAAUCAGGCAGCGCUAUCUUGUUGGAGAAAAUAAAGGUUCUUGGUGAACAAUAUGCUGCCAUUCGCCGAACACGGGGAGAUGGGAACUGCUUCUUCCGCAGUUUUAUGUUUUCAUAUCUUGAGCAUAUUUUGGAAUCACAAGAUCAAAGUGAAGUUGACCGUAUCAAGGCCAAUGUUGAACAGUGUAGAAAAACACUUCAAAGCUUGGGUUAUGCAGACUUUACUUUUGAGGAUUUCUUUGCGUUAUUCCUUGAGCAGCUGGACAGUGUUCUUCAUGGAAAUGAAGCAUCCAUAAGUCAUGAUGAGCUCAUACUUAGGAGCCGAGAUCAGUCAGUAUCCGACUAUGUUGUGAUGUUUUUCAGAUUUGUUACCUCUGGUGAAAUACGGAAACGUGCAGAGUUUUUUGAACCUUUUAUAUUAGGAUUGACCAAUGCAACCGUAGAGCAGUUUUGCAAGUCAUCAGUGGAACCAAUGGGUGAAGAAAGCGACCAUGUGCACAUCACUGCCUUGUCAGAUGCAUUGGGCGUGCCAAUCCGUGUUGUGUACCUUGACCGUAGUUCGUGUGAUACUGGUGGUGUUAGUGUGAAUCAUCAUGAUUUCGUCCCUGCUGGAAGUGAUCUUCCAAAUGCUAGUGGGGGCUCUGAGAAAGUUAGUCCCUUUAUUACCUUGCUGUAUCGCCCAGGUCACUACGAUAUUCUCUACCCGAAGUGAUGCUUUCACCUGUUCCCGCAAUUGGCAAUGUCCGGGUUAGUGAUCGAGACAAGAUGAAUGUGUUGGCAAAGAGCUGUAAGGGCCAAAGCUCUCUUUUAGUUGGAGAAUGUAACUUUGUUCUGAAAUGUUAAAUGUACUUAUAAGCCGUUGAGUGAGGUCAUAAACAUGGCAUUGAACUUAAAAACAAAAAAAGAAAAAGGAUAGUUGGAAGUAUGAAUUCAGGACUGCGCUAACUGUAAAUGAGCAGGACGUCAUCUGGUGUUUCAUCGUCCAUAAGAAAUUGCAAUUUGAAAAGAAGUAACUGUUGCUUCUGUAA